AUGAUGACUGGGGCAUAGCGAUGUUUUAUGUUAUGUGUGGGUAAAUUGGUGGAGGGAAAUAUGUGUGUAAUCCAGUGUAAUCUGUAAGGUAAUUAAUUAUGUGUGAUUGCUGGCUGGCUGUGUGGACUGCGUUGGAACUCCUUGAAUGGACAAAUCGCACACAGCUUGUUAAUUGAAAGAUUGGGACGGUGGCGGGAACAAUCCUUUUUAUACGGGACGUCCCUGACCGGGAGAGGACUCGUUUUCCCAGGGGGCUCGAGAGGAGUGGCGUCAUCACGCUGCGACAGAGGAGCAACGAAAUGACAACAAUCCUUCAGCAGCCGAUCGGUGCGGGAGAAGAGCAUGUUUACAUGCCGACUUAAGGGAAGUGCUUUCUCCUGCUUCUGUAUGCCUGUGAGAAUGGGCCAUCAAGGGGUAUUUCGGUGUGUGAGAAUGUGUUUUGUCUCCUGGAGGCACAGAUCUGAAAGCAGUAGCCGACGCAAACCCGGAAGUGGCAUCGUAGAGGGAGAGGGAGUGCAACGCGAGUGAUCGCCUACUUAGAGGAAAGUAAUUUAUACCAUUGUCUAAGCUGGAGUGAGUGGGCUGACUUGCGGUUGUAUGUGUGGACUGAGUUUCUCCCUUUCUUCGGCAGCGUAUGGGUGUGCAGUGGAGCGGUAGGCAACUGGAACGCAGGCUACCGAGAGCCAGUGGAUCGCCGUCGCCCCGCCCCCUGAAGACUGGACUGUGCUAAGGACACUGGUUGGUGGGGCUGCGGUUGGUGUUAUUGACUGUGCUGGUUUUGACUUUUUAUUUUGGUCGGCGUGGGGGACUGCCGCCGACCAAAUUUGAUUAACUCUUCCCUCUAUCUGGUCAGACAGUAGGCCUACACCCGCUCAGAGGGGUGGGCUAGGACCUCGCAAGCACCUCUUAUUAAUGUACGGGUUUUGUUGGGUGGGGCUGUAAGCUUAGUAGUUAGGAGGCAUGUAUGUGCAGGACGGGAAAGGGUGACUAUUUAAAAGUGUGGCAUUGUGUGGAACUGUUGUGCUGAUUCUCCCAUUUUCACCUGUGUGAAUAUCCUUGUAGUGACUGUAUGUGUGGCAGGGUCCUGGGAUUUGGUAUCCCCUGAGUGGUGUUACAGCACUUAUUUUUCUUUUGUUUUCAUAUGAGUUGUGGUUUUCUAUGUGGAUGUAUAGUGUGGACCUUUCUGACUGCAUUUUAUGUGUGGCUCCUAAAUUACUAACGGGGGGCUGGUAAUGCUAAUCUCUUCGUUCAGAGGUACGCCUGAUGUACAUGUGGGCGGGCGGGAUUCAUGUUGGUGUAUUGCUGAGGUGCUGCUCAUUUUGCUGAAUGUGUGUGGCUGCUGACCCUUGUAAUAAAAUUUGUAGCUGUGAUCUGACUCAGUCUGGUGUUGUGUGUCUCAGAGGGGAUUGCACCUGUGUUUAGAUAGACGGCACGACAUUUUGGCGUAGUUCGGCAGAUCCCCUCUCAAGACACAGCACCAUGUCUGACGAAGAAGCCGGGGGUGCGGCAGCAGCCAAUAGCAUGAUGAUGGUUCCUUGGUUUUUGGGUGGGCCCUGGGUGCCCAAGUAUGGGGGAAAGGGUAGUCCGUUACCUUUUUCUGAGUGGCGGAGUCAAAUGGAGGUAUAUCUGCGGGCCCAGACAUUAACAGCCGCACAGAGAGUCGACUUUGUAAUGAGUGCUUUGCAGGGGGAGGCCAAGAGGGAAAUGUUGCUACUCAUAAGUACAGACAGGGAGACUGAUGCUCAAAUUUUCAUGGCCCUUGAGAAAUUAUAUGGGGAGAAUGUGAGUAUUAGUCAGCUCAGAUCUCACUUUUUCAAGUGUCAGCAGCAAACCGGGGAAGGGGUGGGGCCUUUUAUCUUACGCCUCCGUGAGUCCCAUUCCAGAUGGCGCAGCAAGGAGGCAGCGACUGGGUCAGACGACGAGAUGUUGAGGAGCCAGCUGGUACUGGGGCUGCUGCCAGGGCCUGUACAGACUGAACUACAGCGCCGGGUGCGACGAGAGAUGGCCCUUACUUUCGAGGGGGCCUGUGGUGAGGCUAAAGCCAUGGAGAAGGAGACCGAACGAGCCGCCAUAGAGAGCAUUGACACCAGGCGGACAUACAACACCCCCCCUCAGCCCAACCUCCCCAGCACCUCAAACCCACUACAUGAUUGGAGCAAGAUGAAGGAGGCGUUGCGAGCUGAGCUAGCGGAAGAGCUACGAGCCCAGGUAACCGAUCUAAAGACCUCACUGCUGGCAGAGAUGAGAUCGCACCGAGCUACCCAGCGACAGCCAGACCAACCAUUGGGUGGAGAGCAGGGGGCCAAUCGCAUUCAGCGGCGUGCAAGACAACCUCAAUGGGAUGACCAGGGCCGUCCGAUCUGUCUGCGGUGUGGAAAGGCGGGGCACAUGCAGCGUGAUUGUCAGCCUAUGGAGAUGACCAACACACGAAGGGUGGCUGAUGAAGGAGGACCGGUAACGGUGCCCAUGCGUGCAGCCCUGGUGGGGGAAAGCCCGGAGGUCGAAGUCCUCGUUCAAGGAAGACGGGUCCCCUGCAUUCUGGAUACAGGGUCGCAGGUGACCCUGUUCAGCCAGGGCCUGUUUCAGAGCCACCUACAAGACACAGAACUGAAAGAGGGCAGCUGUGGUGGCCUGGGACCGGGCGUUUGCUGCCUGCCGAAGGAUUGAAGCAGCUGAACACCGGGGACCCAGCCUCGGGGUGGCCCGGUUGCGCACAACCAACCCAAUCCAGCUGGCGCCACAGACUGAGACAGCAGUGUGGGCCCAUG